AUGGAUACCCCUCUCAAAGUGGCCAUCUUGAUCGUCUCGACGACCGCAUCCAAGGAUCCCUCGACGGAUAAGUCAGAGCUCGUCUUGAAAGAUGUUAUAGAACAGGAGGGCGGUGGAAAAUGGGUGGUCACCGACAGCAAAAUCGUCCCGGAUCUUGUUCCCCAGAUUCAACGCCAGAUCAUGCUGUGGGCAGAUGUUGGGCUUGAAGACGGUGCCAACCUGAUUCUCACCACAGGAGGCACUGGAUUUGCGGUAUCGGAUAGCACCCCCGAGGCUGUCAGUGCUCUCAUUCACAGGCCAGCUCCCGGUCUGGUUCAUGGAAUGAUUGCUGCGUCCUUGGCAGUGACCCCGUUUGCCAUGAUGUCCAGGCCCGUGGCAGGAGUCAGAAACAAGACUGUCAUCAUCACCCUCCCUGGAUCCCCGAAGGGUGCCAAGGAAAACCUUCAGGCCGUCCUUAAGACGCUUCCCCAUGCCUGUGUGCAAGCCGCCGGAGCCGAUUCCAGAAUCUUGCAUCAAGGUGGUGUCAAGAAGCUCGAGGCAGAAGCCGGAAUCGGCUCCCAAGAUGCAGCAGCGCCAAAGGUCCAAAAAGAUCAACCACAUUCACACUCACAUACCCACGAUCACGGCCACAGCCACGGCCAUGAUCACAAACACGGCCAUUCCCAUGGUCAUGGACACGGAAGCCUGGUCAGGCAUACUAAACCAGGUGACAAUCCUCUGUCCAACGAUCCAAGUCUCGGGCCAUCCCGACGGUACAGGGAAUCGCCUUAUCCAAUGCUUGAAGUUGAUGAUGCCCUCCGCCUUAUUCAAGACUUCACCCCUGAGGCGGAGAUCGUCACAUCACUCGUCGACGUCAAGAUCGUCAACUCAGUCCUAGCAGAGGAUGUCACGGCUAGAGAGAACGUACCCGCCUUCCGUGCAAGCAUCGUAGAUGGCUACGCCGUAGUUGUUCCCAAAGACGGCAAUAUGAAGGGCGUGUUCCCCGUCACAGCAGUAUCACACGCGGCUCCCGGGGAAGCAAAGACACUGAAAGAGGGCGAGAUUGCCAGAAUCACCACAGGAGCGCCGCUGCCCCCUGGAGCUACCUCAGUGAUCAUGGUCGAGGACACCAUCCUCAAGUCCAAGACCUCUGACGACAAGGAAGAGAAGGAGGUCGAAAUCCUGGCGGAGGGCGUCAAACCCGGCGAGAACAUCCGGGAAGUCGGCAGCGACGUCAAGGAAGGUGACCUCAUCCUAAAGAAGGGCGAGCAAAUCUCCGGCGUCGGCGGCGAGAUCGGUCUACUGGCAUCUGUCGGCGUCGCUGAGGCGAAGACCUACAAGCGACCGGUCGUCGGCAUCCUCUCCACCGGCGACGAGAUCAUCGAGCCCGAUCGCCCGGGUGGCCUUCGCCUAGGUGAGGUCAGAGACACCAACCGCAUCACCCUCAUGUCCGCAGCACGGCAGUGGGGCUUCGAUGUCGUCGAUCUGGGCAUCGCACGCGACAAGCCGGGAUCCCUGGAGGAAAACCUGCGUGAAGGCCUCCGCAGGUCCGACUUGCUCAUCACCACAGGCGGUGUCUCGAUGGGCGAGCUGGAUCUCUUGAAGCCGACCAUCGAGCGCUCUCUUGGGGGAACCAUUCAUUUCGGUCGCGUCGCCAUGAAACCCGGUAAGCCGACUACCUUCGCCACAGUUCCGGUCAAGAACAACGCCGGAGAGCGUGUCACCAAGACCAUCUUCUCCCUGCCUGGCAACCCUGCCUCGGCACUGGUGACGUUCCACCUCUUUGUCAUACCGGCUCUGCACAAGCUCUCCGGUAUUGUGCCCACUGGUCUGCCCAAGGUCCCGGUGACGCUUUCUCAUGACUUCACUCUGGAUAAGCAGCGAGCAGAGUACCAUCGGGCUGUUGUAACGGUCGGCAAGGAUGGACUUCUAUCGGCAAGUAGCACCGGUGGUCAGAGGAGCUCUAAAGUUGGAAGUCUGCGGUCUGCAAAUGCUCUGCUUGCCUUGCCGAAGGGAACAGAGCUGAGGAAGGGCACCAAGGUGGAGGCUCUUUUGAUGGGCGAAAUUCGCGUGGAGUUGUGA